GAAGCAAAACCCCAAAACUAACUUCUCUGCAAGAACACCACCAAACCUUCCAAAAGCGACCCAUGUCCGAACUCAUCACGCUCUACAAUUCCAAACCCUAACCCUAGUUUUUGCUUACUCAGACACUGAAAUGUGCUCUUCUGUAUCACCACCCUCUUCUCUCUUCCUUCCCAACAACACUCACUUUCUAUAUCAUCGUGGUAAUGUCUCUGUCCCCAAUUCUUCGCACUCAAUUCUGAUCAGUGUUAGAUCCAGGAACCCUAAAUCAUCUCUCUCUGCUUCAGUCGCCGAGAAGAACCUCGAGGUCUCCUGGUUCUCUACGGAGCGAAGUACAGUUGAUGACUACGGUGGUUGGGCAAUUGUUGAAGCUCCUAUUCAGAAUAAGAAGAAGAAAGGUUUGCCUCUAUUUCUUUUGGUAGGUAUUGGGACUUCAAUUGCUGUUUUACUCGCUACCAUUGCUCAUUUCUCACUAUCAAGAAGAGGUUUUAGGUUCCAAAUUACCAAUCCGUUCCACUCUUUGCACGGGAUGUUGAUGCCAUCUGGAGCUAAUGAAGCCGUUGAAAGUAAAUAUACAGAUUCUGAUGCCUCGAAUAGGAACACAAUGGUCUCUGAUGCAAGCCUGGAAAGUGUGAUGGAUCUAGUUGAUGAAACUGUGGCAUCAGAAACAAAUCAUAUUAAGAUGCAAGAAGGAAAGCUCAGACAUAUUUUAAUUCCAGUUGCUCCAGAUUCUACUCAACAGGAAGCUCUAUUGAUGUUGAAGAAACUGAAGAUCAUUGAAGAUGAUGUCAAGGCAGAUGAAUUGUGCACGAGGAGGGAAUAUGCUAGAUGGUUAGUUCGAGCGUAUUCGCUACUGGAAAGGAAUCCAAAGCAUCGGCUUGUCCCAGCCGUAUCGCUUUGUGGGUCUACAAGUGCUGCUUUUGAUGAUGUGAAUGUUGAAGAUCCUGAUUUUCGUUCGAUUCAAUCCCUGGCUGAGGCUGGCAUCAUUCUCAGUAAUCUAUCGGGUAAGAACUUAAGUUCUCAUCUGGAUGAUAUAGAAGGCCAAGAAGGUGUCAAUUUUUUCCCCGAGAGGUUUAUAUCUCGUCAGGAUCUUAUAAGUUGGAAAGCCCAGGUAGAAUAUGAAGCUGUGCCGGGAAUAAUUGAAAAGAUAUCAAGGAUCAACAUGGGUUUUAUAGACACGAGGAAGAUCAGUUCAGACGCUUCACCUGAGCUUUUCAUGGAUAUACUGGCUGGUGACAAGAGCAUUCUCAGAAAAGUCUUUGGGCAGGGAAGGCGGUUUCAACCAAAUAAACCUUCAACAAAGGCACAAGCAGCUGUCGCACUGAUGAGUGGGAGGAUGACAGCAUUAAUUCACAGUGAAUUACUGAGACUGGAAGCUGAAAAUUUUUUGAAGAAAAAUGCUAUGGAUGAAAUUAGAUCUGAGCUUCUAGAUAGAGGAGACAUACCGAGGUAUUGGAACGGGAAGCUAGAAGAUGAGAGAACUCGUGGUUGCGAGGUGGAGAGGGCUCAUCUUGCAGCAGUUCAUGAGUUUGAACAGGAGAAGAUUGUUCAAGAGAACACUCUAGCUGAGUAUUUGAAGGAAAAGGCAGCUUUGGACUGUCAGAAGCAUCUGCUUUUUAGUCUCAAGGAAGAAGUUAACGAGAUGUCAGAGAGGCUUGAAUGUGAGAGGGCUAAAUACAUGGAUGAGCGGCACAAUUUGCAGGAUAUGCUUAGUGAUUUACAGAUGAAGCAGGAAGCGCUGCUUGAUGCAAAAUCAAUAUUGGAAGCUGAGAUAGAAGCUCUUCGGAUACUUAAAUCUUGGAUUGAGGACGAAGCCAGGAAAAGCCAAGCCCGUGCCAAGGUUCUCGAGGAGGUGGGACGAAGGUGGAAAUGGGAUGAUCAAGCUUAGUUUCUUGGUGCCUUAAAGUAGAGAUUGGUGGAUAAAUUGCUUGAAGAAAUUCUUGCUUGAGGGCUACGACACACAUAACAUACGACGAUCCUCAUGCGCCAUGAUACUUUUAGAUUGUUUUCGGGCAUCCUCAUCUUAAUAGGGCAGCAUAUCCAGCCAAACAUAUAUGUAUCUUGUCACAUGAGAAAAUAAUUUAUUGAUCAACCAAAGUGAGGCUUUUUUUUGAUAUUCUGAGAAGCAGUUUUGUUCUCCAGUCUAUCCAGGAGUUGCCUGCCAAAGUGAGACGAGGCAUGACAGAAAGAGUAUUUCUGUAUUGUUAUCAUAUAUAUUGUUGGUAACGAUUAGUACUCAUCUGUACCACUAUUAGAAGCAUGUAGAAUUUUGGUUUUUAUAUACAUUUUAAUAAAUUUUUUGUUCGAAUAA